AGAAAGAGAAGGAAAAAAAAAAAAAAAAACUGGAUCACAAUAUUAUUAUUAUAUUCAACCAUGGAUGACCAUCACCACCAACAACAUUCUUCUCACUCUCAUUCCCACUCCACUUCCAAUGCCGGUAUCAGAUCCGCCACAACCUCCGCCGCCGCCGUCUCCGCCGGCGGUGGUGCUAAAUAUAAGCUCAUGUCUCCGGCUAAAUUACCUAUUUCUAGGUCCACCUGUAUCACUAUACCUCCUGGCCUUAGCCCUAGCUCCUUCCUUGAAUCUCCUGUUUUAUUAACUAACAUUAAGGCUGAGCCAUCACCAACAACGGGUUCUUUCUUUAAUUCUACACUGAUGCAAAGGUCAAUGGCCACUGCUGCAUUCUCUUUAGAAACAAAUUCUUCUUCUUCUAGAAAGACCGUUGAUGAUAAUAACUCUGGGUUCUUUGAGUUCAGACCACACCCUCAAACUACGUCAAUUCCACAAAUUUCUUCUGCAGGAUUUCAGGUAUCUGCAGGUUCUAACCUUCAACGAGGUGAACCAAGUAGUCAUUAUCAUAAUCAAAAUCAAAACGAGCCUCGUUCAUCAUCAGCAGCCAACUGGGAAAUGGUAUCACCAAAAGAACAAAGUCUUGCUGCACAAGCAUACAUGUCUCAUGAGGAAACGAAUGGACCGGGGAAGUCUAAGGAUCUUGGGCCUGCAAUCCAAGUUGACAGGUCAUCAGAUGAUGGAUAUAACUGGCGAAAAUAUGGGCAGAAAGUUGUGAAAGGAAGUGAACAUCCAAGAAGCUAUUACAAGUGUACACAUCCCAAUUGUGAAGUGAAAAAGAUUUUUGAACGCUCAUAUACCGGACAGAUUACAGAAAUUGUGUAUAAGGGCUCACAUGACCAUCCCAAACCUCAACCUAGCCGCCGAUUUAGUGCUGGGGCUCUUAUGUCGUCGAUACAGGAAGAAAAUCCUGAAAAAGUUCAAUACGCAACUUAUCAAGCAGGCCUCUCUGCAAAUAACGGCCAGAAUGCUAACUUAGAGGCCGGUGGCACCCCUUUGCAAUCUCCGAGACAAGUGAAUCAAGACAGCAUGGACGAGGUUGAUGAUGAUGAUGACCCAUACUCUAAAAAGAGGCGUACAGAUUUUGGUACCCUUGAUGUAACUCCAGUGGUCAAGCCUAUCCGUGAACCACGUGUAGUCGUCCAAACUACCAGCGAGGUUGAUAUACUGGAUGAUGGAUAUCGUUGGCGUAAAUAUGGCCAGAAAGUUGUCCGAGGCAAUCCUAAUCCUAGGAGUUAUUACAAAUGCACAAGUGCUGGAUGUACAGUAAGAAAACAUGUAGAGAGGGCAUCCCACGAUCCAAAGGCAGUCAUAACUGCAUAUGAGGGAAAACAUAAUCAUGAUGUACCGGUGGUGAAAAAUAAUAGCCACGAUUUUAAUGCAUUGGGAAAUCAACGAACUAGAUUAGAGGAAAAUGAUCCAAUCUGUCUUGAUCUUGUAGUUGGUAGUAAAAUCCCAGAUCAACCACAAGCAUCUAAUGCUCUCCACAGUCAAGUACAUGUUUCAAAUUCAAAUUUCAGAAAGGUUGUUCACUGGAACGAUGUUUAUGGGCCUCGAGAAAAUGAGGUUGAAGGCUGUAACAUUGAUACUAAUACACUUAACCAUUCUUCUAAUCCAUACCCACAAAAUCUUGGAAGAAUACUCAUGGGGCCAUAGAACAUGUAUGAAAAGAAUGAAAUAAAGACAACGCUGCUGUUUUCAUGUGGCAACUGGGUCAAAAGGGUCUUGGAAUUAUGACUUUACCUCAAGUUGGUCAAAACCGGUCAACAGGUGUGGCACCAGCUCAUAAGUCUUUUGUUCUGUUGCCUUACUAUUAGCUGCAGAUUAGGUGUACCGUAUUUUUGUCACAAUUGGGCUAAAAAGUGUAGAAUGUAGAAGUUGGGCAACAAAUUGUGACGAAAGAAGUGAGAUGUUGUAACUUAGAUUGUAAUGGAGGGGAGUGUAAUGGGGUAUACUUAUCUAAAUGGAGUGUUUUAAAGGUUUUGUUAGUGUAUGUGAAUUUCGUAUCUAGGCCAGGACUGUGACUGUAAACAAAGACUUGUAUUGAAUAAAGUAUGAACGCAUAUGUAUGUUUUGUAUCGGAAUUUAGGGAGUCUCUGUAUGUAUUGUCACACUGUAAGAUUUAUCCAUGACUACUUAUUUGCAA